AAAAAGAUUUAAAAAAGGCCUCUGGAGGAUUUUGUUGUCGAUUGUCUAAGCUGCAUUUUGUUCUCAUUCAGAGAAUGUUGGGAAAGGCAGAACUGAAGAAGCCCCUAAAAGGAGGUAAUAAAAAGAGAGGCCAGAAAGGAGGCUAUGGAGGAGACAGCAAGAGGAAAAAAGCUGAUGAUGAAUUAAAAGCCGAAGGAGAUGCUGGGAAAAAGCGUCUCGACGCGCUGAGUGUUGGUUAUUACCGGCGUGUUGGGGAGCGAUUGAAUGAAGACUUUGAAGAUGCUGAGGAGAGAGAUAUGUUUGUCGAAAAUGUUCUAAGUGAAGUCAAAGGUAAAGCAAGCCUGGUGGCAAUGGAUCGCACCGGAAGCAUCACGCUGCAACGUCUGCUCCCGCUGUCAAAUCCUGAUCAGGUGGCAAAAGUCAUGGCUGAGCUGGGUGGAGAAUCGGGGUCCGACUUUAAAAGCAUUUCCUGUGACCGUUGCGGCGGCCAUGUCGUGGAGAGCGCCAUCAGACAGGUGUCCAGGUUGACAGGAGCAAAGGAAGAUGAAGAUGAGCGUGAGGACGCUCUGGAGGUCCAGCUGUUGUCAUUAAGUCAAGUCGUGAGGGACAACAGCGCAGAGUUCAUCAGACAUGUCCAUGGCUCGCACGUCGUCCGCACACUUUUGCAUGUGCUGGCAGGCUGUGUUGGGCCUCCCCGCACUGAUUCACGUCCAGGUGCAAAAGACCGCAAUGCUGCUCCUCAGCUGACUGACUUUGAGAUUCCGACAUCUUUUUGGUAUGAACUAAAAAGUCUCACAGAGACUUUGAUGGACAAGGUGAAAUUAAGCAUCACCGACUCGGUCGCCAGUGCAGUAUUCCAGACCAUGUUGACCGUGUGUCACCGGAAACGACCCAAACUUUGCAAACGGCUCAUUAAACGCAUCGUGGAAUUCUUGACAAGUUGCCCCGCUGCUCCAGGAACGAGUCCCCUUCUGGUUUUUCUGAAGGACCAGGCUUCGAGUCACCUCAUUGAGACCAUUCUUCAGCUCUCACCCAAAUCUCUUCUCCGAGAGCUUUACAAGCAUCACCUCAAGGGUCACCUGGUCGGCCUCGCUCUCCACCCCAUCGCCAACUUCCCCGUCCAGAGGCUGACGGCAGCCUCGGCCAAAUGCAAACUGUUCCCGAGGUUAUUCGACGAGUUAGUCCAAGGCCUGGAAGCCAUCAUGGCUGCAGGUCACAUGGGUGUGAUCGUGCAACUGGCGGAAAGCUGUGCGGAAGCUGAAGAGCGCCAAGCGGAGUUGAUGCAGUGUCUACUCAGUGCAUUUCACUGCGCGGAGCCCAGCUCCCGGCAGGUCCACUGCCUCACUCUCUUCAUGUCCCUCCUGACCUAUGAUGUGUACUACCGCUCUGACACAGCAGAGGGCGGCGUGCAGCUCGAGGUCCCUCUGUCGUCCAUCUGUUACCACGGCUCCCGGCUGGUGCAGGCGCUCACCAGGUUCCGGGAGCGCUCCGUCCUCCUCAGCAGUCUGCGCGCACUGACCUCAGAGGACCUCUUGACUCUGGCGUCUGACCCCACCGGCAGCCACGUCCUUCAGGCUCUCAUCAGCACAUCCAGCGACAAAGGAAGAGGCAAGAUCCUCAAGAGGCUGGAGGGUCAGUAUGUUCGAAUGGCAUGCUCCAAACUGGGCAGCCGAGUACUGGAGGCCAUAUGGAGCAGCGCAUCGGUCAGCCAGAGGCAAACCAUUGCACAGGAGCUUGUGCCAAGUGAAAGCCAGCUGAGGUCAGAUCAGUUUGCUCGCCACGUAUGGGCCAAAUUUGCUCUUUCCCACUUCAUCAACAGACGAGCCCAGUGGCAAGAGAUUCAAACUGGACAGUCGAAGAAACGCAAACUUUUCAGUGAUUUUCUUCAGUGACCCCCCCUCCCCCCCAAAAAAACAUUUAAAAUUGUUUUUUGUCAUUCCAUUGUUUGAUUAGAAAAAUAUUUCACGUUCAUAAAGUUCCUUACUUGUAUGUAAAUUCUUUGAACAGAGAGAAUGAAGACAUUGA